CCCCUUCGUUAUAUCCAUAUUCAAACCAAACUUUCCGCAACUUUCUUGGUUCAUCAGUCUUUAUCUCUUAUAAUUUCUUGCAAUUUUCAGUCAUGUUGGUAAAGUACGUUCUUGCAUGUCUGAUCGUCUUUACUGCAAUUCCCAGCACUACUAUUGCAAAUGAUCCUGACGCCCUGCAGGAUAUCUGUGUUGCUGUUGUUCCUUCUUCAGACAUAAAAGUGAACGGGUUUGUUUGCAAGGACGAUGCAAAUGUUACGGCAGAUGAUUUCUUCUUCGGCGGCCUAGUUAGACCAAAUGUUAUCAACACCGCGAUUGGGACAUUCAAUGCAACGUUGGCCAGCGUCCGAGAGAUUCCAGGCCUCAACACACUGUCGUUGUCGGUGGCGCGCAGUGACUAUUUGCCCGGCGGGCCUAGCUUCACUCCUCACUUGCACCCGCGCGGGGCCGAGCUUAUGUACGUUCUGGAGGGGCAAAUGAACGUAGGCUUCAUCACCACAGCAAACAAGCUCUUCUCCAAGACCAUCAAGAAAGGUGAAGUCUUUGUGUUCCCUAAGGCUCUCGUCCAUUAUCAUUACAACGGCGCCACCGACAAGCACGCUUCUGUGAUCUCGGUCUUCGAUAGCCAAGGGCCCGGCAACCAAGUCAUUGCUACAGCACUUUUCGGGUCAAAACCCCCCUUGCCAGAAGAUGUGUUGUCUAUGGCCUUUCAGGUGGAUAUCAAACAGGUUGAAAAAAUCAAAGCAAAUCUUAAGUCGGCCAAUCUUACUGUUACUUUUUGAUCCAUAUUAUAUAUAUAUAUAUGAUCAGAUAUAUAUGAUCAGAGAUGAAUAUGGCUAGCUAGUAGAUCUAGAUAUAUUGGGGACGAUCUUUGAAUAUAACUCGAUCGAUCGAUACAUGUAAUGAAUGAUCUGGUAUGCUAUCUAGUUCAAUGAUGAUCUAGUUCAAUGAAUUUACUAUGA